ACCUAUCUUUGAAUCGCACGAUACCGUCCGUUGCAAUUGUGAAGUCACCAGGAAGUCGUCCUGAUCGACUGCAAUCACCUGCAUGAAACAUUUUUUGACGAUGCACCAUAGUAUUACAAGAAGUGCACCCUUCCACACAUUUUGAUUCUUCCCACGACGCGAUGCUUAUCAAACGAGAACCGCUUGUCGAUGGCAUCGCAGACCCAACAGGUUCGAAUUCUGAUCAUAGUAAUUCCAAUCCUGAUGGUUCAGAUUCUGUGACCUAUAAUUUCGCACGACUGCAUCUUCCUCCCGAAGACGUCGACACCAUCCUCUCAAACGAACUCUUGCAACUUUCCAGCAAAGAUCGAAACGCAAUCGAUGAAGAGAUCCACGGUGUGAGACAGAUGGCACGCAAGGAAAAUCCGGAAUUCCUCAAGGCCGCCCUUCUGCGGCUUUCUGAGGAAAUCGAUAGGAUACCGGACACUAAUCCAAUCAAGAGCGCAUAUAAUAAAAGCCAGAAAAUCGGAGAAACGUACGUGAACAAAGAGGAUUUCCGUCUGCGAUUUCUUCGUUGCGACUUAUUUGAUGCCAAGAAGGCCGCCAUGCGGUUGGUGAAAUUUUUAGACUUGGCCUUCAGUCUUUUCGGACACGAGGUUCUGGAGCGACCAAUGAAAAUCUCGGAUCUCAGCAUAGAAGAAAUGAAACUUAUGCGGAUGGGCCCUUUUCAAGUUCUGCCGUACCGCGAUCGAAGCGGCAGACCGGUUGUAACCUGGGUCGAUGAUUUUGCUACCAAGCACGGAGACAAGAGGUUCAGGGUACGUUUUUUGUAUUUGAUCGAACGCUUUCGUAAAGGAAUACUUUGCGAUAGAAUGAAGUUAUCAAACUCCAGGGGCAAUUAUGCAGUCCGUUCUUCUGCGCUUAGCAUUCUUCACUUAUUCUUCGCACCAUUCCUCUCAUUGCGUACACAGGCGAAAAUGACGAUGUAUAUGAUGUAUGCCUUGUCUGAUGAUAUCGAAAGUCAACGAAGAGGCUUCGUUCAUAUAACCUGGCCCGGUUCUAAACCAAUUGCGGCCGUACCCGACUUGGACGAGUUAGAUMUAAAACUAAUGCAGGUGCUGCCAAUACGAUUGUGCGCCGGCCACUUUUGCGUACCCGAUAAGCCGUUUUUCCAUAUCAUUCGAUCAAUGUUUGCUAUAACCAUGGGCUCUACCAUGAGGAGUAGAUUAAAAUUUCAUAUCGGUGAGUGUUGUACAAGUAUGACAAUACCAAUUCCGUAAACUAUUUUCUGUGACAGUCACUGUUUACGUUUUUCUCGGAAGAGAUGAGGUGUUGCACUGAACUGUUUGUUGCUAUCUUGCUUUGACAAAUCGUAUUAAUUCUAGGAGAACCAGUUGAGCUAGAAUACGCGCUAAGGAGUUUUGGGAUUCCAUUCGAGUUGAUCCCAGUCACCGGAACGGGAAAUGUUAAGACUGCUUAUCACAGACAAUGGAUUCGACUUCGGAAAGCCAUCGACAACGAGAGGACUAAAGGAAUCGGAGACGGUUGUUCCAUGAUCGAGAUCCCGCGGUCUGCCGACGUCAUAUUUCGCACGGGCAAUUCGUUGACCUGUCACCCCGGAAACUCGAUAUUCCAAGACGUUAUACAAUCAAAAAUACAGCAACACUCAACCGCAACACAAGUUGAGAAAAUGACCAUUACCAAGGAAAUAAUUGAGCAGAUCCAGCGCAACAACGGUCGGUUUUUACAGUGGGACAAGAAUGGUUGGUGGAUUGAAAUCGAGGGCAGAUCUCAUAUCCACGCCAAGGUAGCUGUCGCUGUAAGGGACUUUAAAAGCAAAGUUKUAGCUAAAGCGAACCGACAGAACUGCCAAAGUGGCACCUCUGUCUUUCAGAAUCAGGAUGGAAAGCGUAGAAAGGUCACGCACAAUUUCGACUCGGAUGACGAUGUUAAUGAAAUGAGGUGCUCCCUGUUGUCACUCGAUACUUCCGYCAUGUUUUAAAAGCCUUUUAUUGGGACUUGUAAUCCUUCCUUGUGAUGUCCACUGCAAGGAAAUAUCUACUCUCUUGCAGUACCGACAACAGGAACGACGACAAAGAUUCAAGAGCACAGCCGAUCUUAGCCUUGUGAUAUGUUUUCUCCUAUCAUUCAUAUGAAACCAAACAGCACACGCCUGCCACUUCUAAAGAAUCGUUUUAAAAAAAAAGCAUGACUUUAGUUCUCUCCUUUUUCUUCGAUCCAUCCCGGGUAUACGAAUCAACCACUUUCGAAAUUCGAAUGCUGUACAGAAUCGCAAAACGUGCAAUAUUCUCAACUUCUCAAUGCAGUACAACAUAUUGAAUUAAAUUAAAUUAAAUCAA